ACAGCUUUAGUGUGUGUGGUGCGCGCGUGUGUGUAUAACGUCGGUGUGCCUUUGCCGCCGUCUCCGUCGCUCGUUUAUAUAAAUAGAGGCGUCCCAACGUCCGUCGUCGUCGUCGUCGAUCGCUUGCCGCUUGGCUAUCUGGCGCGCGCGAACGUCUUCCGUAACGCUCGGCGGCGGCCCGGUCGUUUUAUUAUUAACGCGCGCGGCGUUCUAUACUCGCGUAUAAUAUUAUCCGCGUUACCGUCACGUCGCGGGCAUCACAACAAUUAAUAUCACAACAUAUACAGACGCGCGACGCGUCGUUACCCGUACGUCGCGAUCGUCAUUUCAGUGCACAUAUUAUUAUUAAAUAAUAUUACCUACGUGGUGUCGCCGCACCACUCCGACGGUGCUGUGUACAGAUAAUACGAAUAAUACCGUUACGGACGUCGCGCGAAACGCUCCGACCGCAGACACCGUUCGCCGGAGACGUACGACGCCGACCGGUGUAAUAUUGCCGCAGCGUAUACAGUCGUUCGCGGUUUUUCCCGACACGUCGUGCCCUGCGCUCGCCACCCGCGCGGCUACACGCGCUGUUCGACUGUCGCGACUCGCGAUAGUGCAGGUCCGUCGCCGGCCGACGGUGUACGAACCGACGACAUCGCGUCGUCGUCGUCGUCGUCGCGUGUGCGGGUAAUACCGCCGCCGGCCACCGCAGAGAGUACACGCGGCCGCACGCCGUCGUCGGGGGAAUAUAAUAUUAUAUACUGCGGGCGGCGAUCGGGACACGCGAGGCGAAAUCGCGCGGUCACCGUACCGAUAUAUGGAGACGAGCGGACGUCGCGCGACGACCGUGCGCCGAGCCGGUGAUGGUGACGGUGUGAUCGCGACCACGACCACCUGCAACCUCGUCACCACGUCCGCGGCAGUGGCGGAGGCGGUGAUUGCGCAGUGCUGGUGACGGCGACCGCGUACCCCAUCGUACGACGACUGCUGCUGUAUAGGUUCGUCCGGUGCAGUCUCGCGCGGCGGUCAUAAAGGCGUUAAAUGUCAUCGGUUCCGGCGGAACGGGUUUCGGAAUUAUGUCGCCGCUGGUGGUCGUCGCGGGACAACGUAGUAGUGGUCCGGCGCUGUGUAUUGCGGUAUUUUUAAUAAUUUCAAAAAAAGUAUUUGGAUUAGAUUUGGAUACAAUCGAAACUAAUGUUUCGUUAACAACUACUAUUGAUUAUGAUAUACCGGUUCAAGAUAUGGCAUCUGAAACUUUGAUGGCUAUUUCACCGUGUCAUCAGUUUGAAACAGAAUUUGAGUUCUACUCUCCGGGUUAUCCUCAACCUUAUCCCAAUAAUACAGAAUGUAUCAGAUUGUUAGAAGCUGGUCCUGGAGAGAUAAUUGAACUUGACUUUAGGGAUUCGUUCACCAUAGAACCAAGUAUUGGGUGUAAGCAUGAUCAUCUGGAAAUUCGAGAUGGCCCAUACGGAUAUUCAAUUCCAGCGAAUUACUAUUGUGGAAACCAGUUCCCGCCUAAAAUAAUUUCAUCGGGCAAAUACUUAUGGUUGAGAUUUCGAUCGGACGAAAAUAUUGAAUAUGAAGGAUUCCACGCCGUUUACAAAUUCAUUAAGAAACCCCCACCAGACAUAGAGAAAUCGGAGCUUCCGCCAUGUCGUAAAUUCGUGGAUGGUUCACAGGGUUACAUAAAUAGUACUGAGGUUGACGAUUUAAAGAAUAAAACGCUCGCAAACCAAGUGCCAUUGGAUUGCAUGUGGAUAAUACGAGUAAAACCUGGUUGGAAGAUUCAGCUUAACUUCAAAGAAUUCUCUCUAGAAAAACCUAACGAUUGCGGAUUGAACGUAGUGGAGAUUUUUUCAAACCGCACAGACAUGGCUUCGCGGCUCAAAGUGUUCUGUGGAUCGAUAGCUGAAAUGGUACAAUCAUCGGGGGACACGUUGCAUGUACGAUUCUUGGCAGAGGGGAAGGGAGUGAAAUCAAAGUUCUCGGCACUUUACACUGCGUACCGUACCAAGACUAAAGACGAAGCGUGCGGUAGUGAUCAAUACGAUUGUGAAGACUUAACAUGUAUUGCGUCCGAAUUACGUUGCAAUAAAGUCGAGAAUUGUCGUUUUCGAUGGGAUGAAGACGGGUGUCCGGAAGAAGACAACAGAUUAAUGCAACUAUUUUCAAGUUUUGACAUUAUAGUUAUUCUAGUAGUGUUUUUUUUAAUAUUAUGCGGCAUGUGUUCAGCAUUCAUUACCAAUAUUGUCCGAAAACUUGUGCACGAUCACCGAAUCAUAAAAGAGCACAUGCGCCAUUCAAGAGAAGAUCAUUUAGAUCAAAUUGGAAGAAUGCAUGUAACAGAUGAACAAUCACUUGAGGAUUCUGGUCCACAAGGACAUGACUAUCCACAAAGUGACAACAGUAGUCAAACCACCAACCUAAUUCAAAGCAAACAUACUAAUAACAUAUCUAGUUCUGAUUGUUAUGUACCAUCAGGUGACCUUAUUCCAGUGUUAAUGAAACAUGACCCUCCUCGCCUUUAUCCUUCGGUUGAAGAUGAAGAAGGUGAUGGUUUGAUAAGUUCCUAUCCAAUAACGGCAGAAACUAAAGAUAUUGAGUGUCAAACUAGAGAGAGCCUUUUUGACACUUCAGUGGUACCAAAAACUGCUGGCCACUAUAGAGUAAGACCGUCAGAAUCACCUUUCAGACCGCCAUUAGGAUUUUCUACUUUUGGAUAUCGAAAAGAUUCAGACAGUUCCACUGAUGUAAAGCCAUCAAAAUUUAGGGCUGAAGCUGUUAUUGAAAUGGAUAAAUUUUCGUCAGAAUUAAGUCAAAGGCCUUAUAGUAUUGAAUCAACUAAAUCAGCUCCAGACGUCAUAGUUAUGCAUUGACUAAUAUACCAUUGUAUACAAUAUUACUAUUAUUUUAGUUAAUUAAAAGUAAGCUUCUUGUUAAGGAAAGCCAAAAAUAAACAAAAUGCUCAAUUAAUGAA